GGAAGAGAAACACAGAGAAUGAUACGGAGCUGGGAGGAGGCAGAGAAAGAUUUUUAUUGGAAGCUGUUUAAGUGGUUGCUAUGAGACCUUCUUCAGCUAACGCAGGCACAGCAGCAAGUGUGAGACUGAUAAAUCGUACCUCUUGUAUUAUACCUUUCCUUUCUGCCUUUUUUUUUUUUUUUCCUAACACAUAGUUGUUUGAUAUCAGAGAAAGCACCUGCCCAUUGCUUUUUCUUCCCUUUUGCUCCCUUCUCCUGCCUCAUGCAAGAUGGAGCUAGAAAAUGAAGUGAUCAGCUCUUCCAGCAAUGCUUCAGCAGGGUCCAGAGAGUACAAGGUGGUGAUGCUAGGAGCAGGGGGAGUUGGCAAAAGCGCAAUGACAAUGCAGUUCAUAAGCCAUCGUUUCCCUGAGUACCAUGAUCCAACUAUAGAGGAUGCCUACAAAACUCAAGUCCGAAUUGAUGAUGAACCAGCCUAUUUGGACAUUCUAGACACUGCUGGACAGGCAGAAUUCACAGCCAUGAGGGACCAAUAUAUGAGAGGCGGAGAAGGCUUCAUUAUCUGCUAUUCCAUCACAGACCGCCAAUCCUUUCAAGAAGCUGCUGAGUUUAAGGAACUAAUUUAUCGUGUCCGGCACACCUAUGACAUCCCCUUGGUACUUGUGGGAAACAAAAUAGAUCUUGAAGAGUUCAGACAAGAUGGUGACUCAACCGCUUCCCUGGGCAGCGUAUUCCAGUCCUUGACAACCCUUCCAGUGAAGAUUUUUUUUCCUGUUAUCCAAUCUGAACCUUCCCUGGUGCAACCUGAGGCCAUUUCUUCUUGUCCUAUCACUUGCUGCCUGGGAGAAGAGACCAACACCCUCCAUGCUACAACCUCCUUUCAGGUCUCGACAGAAGAAGGUAUGAGCUUAGCCAGAGAAUAUUCCUGCUCCUUUUUUGAGACUUCAGCUGCCCUCCGCUUCUACAUUGAUGAUGUCUUUCAUGGACUAGUGAGGGAAAUCCGAAGGAAAGAGUCCUCACUACCUACGGUAGAGAAGAAAAUGAAGAGUAAGGAUAGCUUGUGGCGGAAACUGAAAGUAUCCCUGAAGAAAAAAAAGGGAAGUACAACCUGAUGGCAAUUCCCUGUGAGCCACCCAUCAGGAGCUGACAACAGCAACCUGUAACAGUUCAAAAAGGCAGCAGUGACACAGAAUCUUCCAGACCAGGUCUUGGUGUUCCUUCCCUUCAGCCCUCAUGCAGAAGUAGCUCCUUGAAGGCCCAAUUCAUGGUUGCCCUGUGGCUCCUCUGUAUUAUAGAUUAAGUCACUGAGCAUACCCUCUCAUCCCUUCUCUGCAAAUCUGAGUGAAGAAAAUACUGUAUUUUUUGCCCUAUCAUCCCUGGCCGGUCUUCAAAUGCUAGGAAUUAAGCCAACAUCCAAGGCAGAACUAGCAUCCACCAGCUGUAGGACAAGGGAUGCACUUAUUGCCUCCUCUUUACAUGCAUGCAUCAUGUCACCAUCCCAAGACUGAAUAACUGAUUUCAGUGGACAUUUGACUGUUAAAGGACUUUAGGAUUUGCCUUUCAGCUUUUAAUUCACUUGUAGGCUUAGGGUUAGACUGUGCACAGCCCUCGUGUGUGCAUGUCUGUAUGCAGAUGUGUGUGUGUGAACCAGGCCUGAAGGGAAUGCUAGGGGCUCCCAAUUUUGACCUUGUAGAGCCCCGUCCUCAUUGUGACCUUUCAACUUAACAGGAAGAGUUGGCAAACACAGCACAAGUUAUGCUCCAGCUGUCUGGAGGCUGCAAGGCUACAGCUCUAUGUCUUCUAGUCUCCUCACCAGGACUGGACAGCAGAGGUGUGGUGUCCUGCAGACAUGUAGAGUAUCAGAAUCAUAAACCAGUUUGGAGUGGAAGGGACCUUUAAAAGUCGUUUGAUCCAAGCCUCCUGCAAUGAUCAGGUACAUCCUCAAACAGACGAGGUUUCUCAAAGCCUGGCCUUGAAUGUUUGCAGGGAUGGGGCAUCCACCACCUCUCUGGGCAAUCUGUGCCAGUGUUUCACCAUUGACCAUGCCUUUGUGUCCUAACAAGGAGUGCACAAAGGUACUGUUUGUCUGAUGCUUCCCAGAGCCCUACCCAGAGCACUAAAGCUCUAUUCCAGCAUGUAAAAACACCUGCAAUAUAACAUUCAAUCCUUGACUUACUAGAGAAUUGCAUCAGGUCAUCUUUCACGGUCCUUGACUAUCCAAGUGAAUCGUUUGAUCAAACUGUUGGACAGGUCUUUUAAAUAUUCCUUUUUAAAGCUGGUAUGAAAUUGAGUGCAUUCUCAUUGACUUUUUCUUUUUUUCUCCAGACUUCUUUUACUAUUGAUUUAUUUUUAAAUUUUACAAAUAAAACAUGCAUACAUUUUGUCAAAAAAAUAAAGAUUGUGAUUUACAUGAAACAA